AUGUCGAUUCCACCAACAGUGCAACAACCGAAACCAACGAAUCCGACUCUUGGCUUAUUACCUGAUGAAUAUAUCCGAUUUGAAUAUGUUCACAAACCAGGUUGCUGCUGUUUUACAUCCAAAAUUACAACAGUUACAAAUCAACGUUUGAUUACACGUACUAUUAAACCACCGCCAAUAUUUUCCAAGCGAACUUCGUGCAAGCCCGGACCAGCCAAAAUCAGAUCGCUAACGGAUAUUCACAAUGUCAGGGAACUACGAUCAGCGAUUCCAUCAAGUGAAAACACCUGGUGGAUGAAAUGCAUUGAUAUUUUAACAUGCGGUUGUUCGAGUCCACAGAUCAAUUGGUUGGAAUCGUGUGGAGUAGAUAAUUUAGCCAUGGAAACGCCAACAUCAACACAAAAAUCGGAGGCAUUAAGAACAUCUAUAUUAGUUGAGAAAUUUUAA